AUGAAGUCUUUGGAAGAACCAAUCGAUGAUGACCAAAUCAUACUCUCCCCAACAACCAAUGACGAUGGAAUGAGACAACGUAAAUUGUUGCCUGAUUCUUCAUUUUCUGGAAAUAGUGAGGUCAAUGCAGAGAAUGCUCAUCCCGUGGUUGUGGAACGUGCCUCUAAUAAGAUUGAUACUACUAAGAAUUAUCAAAAUUACUUGUUUGGAUUUAAACCAUGGAAGGGAAUGUUAGGUGAAAGAAAAUUUGAGGAAAGAAGUGAUAAAGUUAAACAGUUGCAUAUGUGGAAUGACAGGAGUUUAUCUAGUUUUGAGAAAAAGAGCUUUUUGAGUAUUGGAAAUGUACUCUAUGUGAUAUUUAUUGGUUGGUGGAUGUUUUUAACAUAUUUAAUGGUUGGAGUUUUGUCUUGUUUAGCAAUUUUUACAAUUCCAUAUGGUUUGAAAUGUUUCAAAUUUUCCUUUUAUUAUUUAUAUCCAUUUGGUAAAUAUGUUGAACGUGUGAAGGUUGUAAAAACUAGUAGAAGGACUGAGUCAAGUCCUCUUUUGAAUGCUGAACAAGUUCCAAUUGCAGAAAAUGUAGACUAUUACAAUGAUGACUCCAAAUUGAAAUGGUAUCAAAGAUAUACUGUCCUAGAUGUCAUUUCCUAUCUUAUUUGGUUAUUGAUUGCUCCAAUACUUUUAUUUUCUCACUUGAUGGUUUCAUUAAUGAGUUGGUUUUCAAUUGUUGGUAUUCCAACUAGUAAGAUUCAUUUUGAAGGUAUCAAAUUUUUGUACAGACAUUUCUUAAGUUUAAAUGUCAGUAAUGAAUAUCCACCUAAGGUUACUUCUGAUGUCAUAUUAUGUACAAUUCAAGCCACUAAUAUUUAUUACUACAAACACAAUGUUUUUGGACUCAAUGUCAUUUUAUUUAACAUGUUACCUUUCAGUUUAGUUUCUAUAGUAUUGGGUUAUGCAUUUGGUGAAGAAUUUGUAACAAAAUAUUCCGUCUUGAUAUUCCCAUUCUGUUUGAUUUCAACAGUUCCAUUAUCAUAUUUGAUUGGUAAGGCUAUUGCUGCCAUUUCAGCCCAAACUAAUUUCCUUAUUGGUGCUCUUUUGAACUCGAUAUGUGGAAGUAUUAUUGAAAUGAUUUUAUAUAUUUUAGCCUUAUCUAAGAAUUUACAUGAUGUAGUUGUCAGUGCCAUAACUGGAGCUUUAUUACUUACUAUCUUAUUAGUGCCUGGUCUAGCCAUGGUCCUAGGAGGUCUCAAGUUUAAGCAACAAUUCUUUAACAAACAAGCUGCUAGUGUUUCAAGUGCUCUAUUAUUGGUGAGUGUAGUUGCAGCAUUGUUACCUUCAUUAUUCUAUCAAUUGUAUUCAGGUCAUUAUGAAUUGAAAUGUGGUGUCUGUGUGAAUGCAGCAAUUAAUGUCAAUGAAACUCAAGGAUUGAAAUUACCAAUUGUUGGUAAUAUAAACGGAUCCAAUGUGAAUACUACACAAGGAUAUGGAUUAGUUUGUGAUAGUUGUGUAUAUGUACAAAAGGAUAUGUUGACAGAUCCAGUCUAUACAAGACAAGCUUUACCAUUAGCUUAUACAGUUUCUGCUAUCUUACCUAUUGCCUAUCUGAUUGGAUUGAUUUUCUCCUUAAAAACCCAUCGUUAUUUGAUUGAAAGACCACCAGUUCCUGAGAAUAAGGAAGAUCAUGUCAAUCACCAAGAAGAGGAAGAAAUUGGUGCUGUAUGGCCAAUUUGGUUGUGUGUUGGUAUUUUAGUGUUAUGUACAAUUGUUUAUUCCCUAGUGGCUGAAGUAAUGACAGCCUCAUUAGAACCAGCAUUUGAUAUGAUUGGUGUUAAUCCAAUGUUUGCUGGCUUAACUUUUUUAAGUAUUGUGCCAAGUUGUGCUGAAUUUGUAAAUGCCAUUCAAUUUGCUUUACAAAAUAAUAUUUCACUUGCUUUGGAAAUUGGUAACUCUGCCUCAAUCCAAAUUGCACUAAUUCAAAUGCCAGUACUUGUAUUGGUGAGUGCUUUAUUAUUCAGUGGUGAUGAGUUGAGAAUUUUCAAUUUAAUGUUCCCUCAAAUUAAUUUGAUUGCAAUUUUCUUUGGUGUUUUGGUUUUGAACUUUGUUUGUUUGGAUGGUAAAACAAAUUACUUCCAAGGUUCUGCAUUGGUUAUUGUUUACAUUUUAAUUGUUGUUACCUUCUUCUUUGCCUAUUUCUAA